AUGAUCGCCGCAACGUUUCUCCUGCAAUCACUUCCUCUAGAAGAAAUGGGCAUGGGUAAGCAAGUACUCGAGAUAGGACUGGGCGGUGGAGGUUUCGAUAUGGGACUACAUAAAAUGAAACCUCAUGUUAAUAUCACUGCUGUUGAAAUAGAACCAGUAGUGGUGAAGUUAGCGUACAAAUGGUUUGGAGUGGUCAAUUCGGAAACUCACCAUACAGUUGUGCAGGAUGGAAAAGAGUUUAUAGAGCAAGCAUAUAAUCAAGGUGCCGAAUUUUUUUGGAUGUGUGAGCUCAACUUUCGCAAGCCCUCGUAG